AAUAUCGUCAGCAACAAGACACAACUGAGGAAAACCGACGACCUACGCUUCCGUAAACGAAUUCAAGAUCAAACAAUCCUUUUCUCCCAUCCAGAAUUCAAAUUCUUGUUUAGAUCGACGAACAAUACCUCUAUAUACAGAAAUCUACAAGAAUAGUUGUUGUACCGUACGCCAUGGGUUGCUCCUCCUCCCUUCCAGAUAGGAGUGCGGGGCGGGCGGGUGGACUUAAUCCGGAUAACGGCGGCGAUUCUGAUGCCAAAAAUCUACGUGUUAAGCUGGUGCUAUUAGGGGACUCUGGUGUUGGGAAAAGCUGCAUUGUUCUUCGCUUUGUCCGUGGUCAGUUUGAUCCAACUUCCAAGGUGACUGUUGGAGCUUCAUUCUUGUCACAGACAAUAGCUCUGCAGGACUCCACGACAGUUAAAUUUGAAAUUUGGGAUACUGCUGGCCAGGAGAGAUAUGCAGCACUAGCCCCACUUUAUUACAGAGGUGCGGCAGUUGGAGUUAUUGUGUAUGAUAUAACUAAUCCCGACUCAUUCAGUAAAGCUCAAUAUUGGGUCAAGGAGCUACAGAAGCACGGGAGCCCUGAUAUCGUCUUGGCUUUAGUUGGUAACAAAGCCGAUCUUCAAGAUAAACGAGAGGUGUCUGUUCAAGAUGGAAUGGACUAUGCAGAAAAGAACGGUAUGUUCUUCAUUGAAACUUCUGCCAAGACAGCUGAUAACAUCAAUCAGCUAUUUGAGGAAAUCGCAAAGAGAUUGCCUCGACCUUCUCCAUCAUGAUACCGCUUAUUUGAAACGUCAACUGAACGUUGUUACGGUUGGUUGUGGGAAGUUUAUGUAUAUUUGUGAUAGAGCUGAGAUGUUUGAUGUGCAUACAUUAUAUUUGUGGAUUCCAUGUUGCAUUUGCCAAACCCGAAUUGCUAUGAAAACUAAGACAUGUUUCACCGAGCUUGGACGUCACAUUUUAUUGCAGCGGUUAUCGUAAAAACAUGGAAUUAUCGAGUGUGUUGCUAUUUGAACGUCUAUAUGAAAAGUCGAACGUGAAUCAUUUGAAAA